CGGUUAUUGACAAUAUCUGGGUAUCAGUCUAUUACAAAUAGGAAACCUGGGGAGUGUAAAUAUAACCCUAUUCCCCAUCCUUUAUUCCUUUGGAAAUAGUUGGUUAAACUGGUAUGGUAGAAUUUGACAUAUAUACUGUAACAGCAAGCUGAGCCUGAGGAAGCUUAUAUAAUACGCUGAGCAUGUUUGGCUUCCAAGUUUCCUUGCAGCCAAACACCCCCUGGAAAGAAAAGGAAACUGAAAACCACCAUCUAAAUUCUAUCACACAUAAGGAUAAGGUAGGGACCAUCCCUCUACUUAUUGCAGUGACAGGAUGAUUUCUUUUCCCUCACCCAUAACCCAACUUAACUAGGAGUCUCUCCAAUCUUGAAAAUGGCUGCUUUCUUUGGAUCUCCACCAUUUGUUUACCACCCACUCACAAGAACUCCCCACUUCUCUUCUUCUCAAACGCCCCCGCCGCCUCCCCCACCUACUCCACCUUCACAGCCGCAAUCUCCAACUCCACCUUUGAGUAUAACAUCCUCGGAGCCACCAGCGGCAGCAUCAGUUAAAGGCCAGCAACAGAAACCUACCAAGCCUGCUACUACCCCUGUCACCACUGCUGAUUCAACAGAUUGGAUAGCUUCCACCUUGACAAGGAGGUUCGGCCUUGGUGCUGGCCUUGCAUGGGCUGCCUUCCUCGCAUUUGGGGUGGUCUCAGAACAGAUCAAAACCCGCCUUGAAGUCUCCCAGCAAGAGGCAAAUACAAGGGAUGUUGAAAAGGAAGAAGAGGUGGUCCUGCCUAAUGGCAUAAGGUACUAUGAGAUGAGAGUCGGCGGCGGAGCGUCUCCAAGGCCAGGAGACUUGGUAGUGAUUGAUCUCAAGGGAAGUGUUCAAGGAAGUGGGGAAGUGUUUGUUGAUACAUUUGAUGGUGAGAAGAAGUCAUUGGCCCUGGUAAUGGGGUCAAGGCCUUAUACAAAGGGAAUGUGUGAAGGGAUAGAAUCUGUAUUGAGGUCUAUGAAGGCUGGGGGUAAAAGAAGAGUGACAAUUCCUCCCAGUUUAGGGUUUGGUGAGAAGGGUGCAGACUUAGGUUCAGGUCUGCAAAUUCCCCCAUCUGCUACUCUUGAAUAUAUAGUUGAGGUUGAUAAAGUUUCUAUAGCUCCAGCCUGAUUUUUACUUGUCUUCAAGAAAAACUAUGAGCCAUUUAGGAACUGUUAUCAAUUACCCAUAUCAGUAAACUUGACUAUUAUUCCUAGUA